AUGAAAGUCAAAGCCUCGGGAGACUUGCGAAAUGUAGUGAAAACCAUUGCAGACCUCCCCGAUUCCUUUCAACAAAAGCUUCAUGUGUCAAUCAAUGACCGAGAUCAUGUGGUUGUUGUAAGGAAUGUUAUUUUGCUUCUUCUAGCGCUCGAUGCGACUAGUGCAGCUUCCCCCAAGGCAGGCAAUGUCCAGGAUAUCUCUGAAGUUUUGAUUCAUCUCUGGUAUUCCUCUUUUAUCCCAGAAAGAGUACUUGAUCAUUUACAAAAGAGAGUUAUACCCCUCAUUAGCGAUGCUUAUGACAAGGCCUCGACUUUGCGGCCUGGCGCGUUGAUGAGCAAGAUGUGGCAUUUCCCAUCCCAAAAGAGUUUGCGUGUUGAACUUAGACGAGAGGAGUGGCUUAAAGUCAAAGAAUUUUGUGAAGUUCUCAAGACACUAACCUACGAAAAAGCUAGGGCCACUCGUCUCUCCGUGACUCUUGCACCUCAAAGAACGGACUAUCGCGAAAGGUGGCAUUUCAAAGAGCUGUCACCUCCGAUACGCGUCGCAAGGCAACGUUUUCAGGAGGAUGGCUUGCUUUUGCCGUUCGGGCACCCCCGAAUAGGAUUUCAUAUUCCGAACCCAACUAUAUUUUAUAAUGGGACGGCUUGGCCCAUGGAUGACAAGGCAGAUCCUUUAACAGGAUGGUCUAUCCAGGAAGUUUAUGGUACAAAGACCAGUGCAACUGCAGAUGUGUAUGGUAAGCUCUUUGUGCAUCUUCGAAAGGUGAUGAAGAAGUUUCUCGACCGGCUUGCUAUUAUGAAUGUCGAUUUUGAAAUGGUCAAUAUUGAUGCAAAAGAGCUUCCGCUGCAUCUUCCGAAGGAUCAUUAUACGCGGAUUGAGGUUUCCAACAUUUCUGACGCUGGCUACCUCGGGAUACGGGCGACACUUCAAGCAUUGACACCGCUUCUGCAGCCGCCCAAGAGGAAUCCAAAUGCCACGCUCAUCACAUUGUUUCUCAAUGCAGUGAUGGAGAUUUCGAAAGCGAGUGGCGAAGAGGAUUCCAUGUCAAAUAUGGGUCUGCUUAUGGAAUAUUUGCCCAGACCAGACUGGAUUUCACUUGCAAAGCCGCAAGGCGCAGAUAUGAUGAGAAUAUGGGACUCACGAGCCUUGGUAAUGGAUGUCAAAAAACAUUUCCAGAAGUACAUGGAGAUUCACGGAUUCAAUCGAGUCGCCGCCGACUUGAAGGUCGUGUUCAAAUCGCGCAAUACCAUCAUUGAAGAAUGGCCAACGCAGUUGAAGCUACAACUGGGGCAAAAAGGUGCCGAGGAGGAGUUCCGCAAUCUGUUAGGGUCGGACUUUUCUGGCCUUGAGCACUAUGUUGAAUGGAGGAGGACGGUGUAA